AUGGCUUCGGACUUUUAUAUUUCUAACGUUAAGUUAGAAUAUCAGAAACUUAGAGAUAGAGUUGAAAAGCUUGAGAGGGAAAAAGAAAUGCUCAUGGCCGAACUCGGACACAGGGAACAAAAUUUUUGUGGGAAUAUACUUGCAUUUGUUGAGAGUUUGUUUUUGAAUACGAAAUACAGCGAUGUACUAUUCAAAACACCGAACGUUCUUGUCCCAGGGCACAAAUUUGUUCUCGAUGCCAGGGGAGGAGUUUGGAAUGUUUAUACAGAGGAUGGUGUAGAAUAUAUAAAUAUACAAGGUUAUUGUCAAAAUGUAUGCGAAGCUUUCAUUCUAUGGACUUAUAGGGGCAUAUUGGAAGAGUACGAAUCACAAUGUUUGUCCGACCUAAUGAAACUUGCACGAGAAUUUUGCUUGCCUUCCUUAUUUACACAGUGCGAAAUCGCUUUAAUUCCUCUAGUGACAAAAGAAAACUGUUUGUCAUUAUAUUCGUCUUCGUAUAGAUUAAGAGCUACACGGUUGUUAGACCAUUGCUUUUCGUUCAUGUCAGGUCUUUGGCCUAAUUUUUCAGUGAAAGAAAUUUCUACAGUUUCUGCUCCUGUCUUGCAAUCUUUUCUCGAGAAGUAUUCCAAGUUCCCUGUUCACUCAGCAAUUGAACUUGGAAGAGAUGAUACAGUUUUAUCUUUGCUUAACGUUGAUCAUCCAAAGGCUAAACGUCUCGUAAAUCAACUGAAUGAAAAUGGACUAUCUCCGUUGUAUAUGGCCCUAAAGGAUGCACAUUUUGAGCUUGCUGAGAAACUAAUUGGUCUAGGCGCAGAUAUAAACGCACUUAUUGGCCCUACUGACGAAAAGCGACCUGUUACUCAGUUUGCGUUUAGAGAAAGCCAUUAUGAAGCUGUCCAAUUUCUCUUGCUUCAUGGUUCCAAUUGUGAUUUCUGUGAUUCAAUCUCUUCUCGCACACUACUUCAUAACCUUGCAGCAACCGAUGCACAGGAAGUGUCAGAAGCUGUGAUAAAUAUAGCAAAAACAUUAAUCCAACAGAGUGCUAAUAUUUCUUCCCAAGAUAUAGACGGAAAUUCGCCGUUGCAUUUAUCUAUUUUGCACAAUAAUUUGGUUUUAUUUAAUUUGCUGGUCAAUCAUUCCAAGAAGCCUAAUUUAGAUUUACCAAAUAAUCAAGGAUUAUGUCCACUGUGGUUAGCGCUUGUCAGAAAGUUCAAUUUUCGUGAUCCAAGUGUUUAUGGAUUUAAAUCUAACUCAUUGACAAGUAAUUCAUAUGACUUCGCUAGUCAGUUGAUUGAAAAUGGUGCUAACGUGAAUUAUAGAUUUACUGAUGUUCAUUAUCCUGCAUUGAAUAGUAAAUCUUUGAAGAACCCACUUCCAGGUGACACUUUGCUUUUGGCUGCUUCACGAAUCGGAUGGGAAUCAGCUGCUUUAUUUCUUCUUGAUCACUCACAAUGUGAUCCUACUUUAGAGUCAUUUACUCAAGGAGAAACAGUUUUUCAUGUUGCCGUAGAAGCUGAACUGUCUAAUUUAUGCAAUUGCUUGAUUAUGCGGAGUGACACUGACCCAAAUCGUUUACGGUUUUCCAAAGUUAACAUAAUAACAUCAGACGGAAAUCCUGUCACAAACGUCUUACGAAAGUACUUAUGUGAAAGAAACUAA